ACACACACACACAUUGUGUUGUGGCCAUGAGUAGUGCAAUGGAUUUGCGCUGCUUGAGAGUGUGUGAGGUGUUGCGUCACCUUCUGUGAGUGGGAUGAAGCUUGCAUAUCAGCUCUCUCCCACACACACUGAACACACACACACAGACAUCUCCACACGCUCCCUCUCCAUCAGUCUCCUACCUCCAGCCUGUUCUCUGGUUAUGCUGAUAUAAUCAGCACAGAUUAGCUGACCACAAGCAAUCACUUAAUAUGUCCACUAACUAAUGAGACUGAACACAACAUAACGAUGUCUCCAUCCAUCUUGUGUGAUUACUAUGGGAUGGUUUGACACUACAGGCGGCUUGACCUAUUCACCGCUACUUGAGAAAUUCAUGACUGGAUAUAAGUGCUGAUUGUGAUGUAAAUCAGAAGCCUUGAGUGUCACUGCUUCAUUAGAGCAUCGGCUUUUCAUUUUAGAGCAACAAUGUCUGCUUGUGUAUUAUUAUUACUACCAGGCAGAAUAAUAUUGGCACCUUUGUUAUGCAGUCACACAUGGAUGUGCUACAGUAAGUGACAGGCUCAUUACUGUACACCAUAAGGCACAGAUUAUAAUUGGAAAAGCUUUUGUUGCACAGAGAAUAUGAGCCAGCAAACAGUUAAUGAUGCCAUCCCUCUUGACUUGUAAUUGUGCCUCCUUGUAGGACAAUGAGUGUGCGUCUUGAUUAAAAUUAAAGUUUAAUCCUGUGACAGAAAUGAGCAGCAGCACCACCAGUAGUGGCCUCUCUGACAGUUUGUCCCUUUCUUCAAGUAGGUAUGAUCAAAUCUUUUAUAUCACUUCAGCAAAUUGCCUCUGGAAAAAGUCCUAAAACAGAUAUGAGUAUGCAGAGUCAGCAGGAAAGGGAUUCGAUUUUGGUACCAGAAGCUUUCUUGUAUUUGUUUGCUUGUAUUAGAGCUGGCUGUGGUUGCAUGCAGGUAAACAGUCCAUAAUAAGAGCAAGAGAGGGAUUGCAUUUUGAGAAAGAUAAUAUGCAGAGUGACAGCAGAGGAACUAGUGAUGUCAGCUGGCUUCCAGAAACGUUCAAAAUCUGGUUCCCAGAUUGUAAAUGAAAUAACUUGUCCGUGUUAACAACCAGGCCAGGGUUUCUGUCACUUGGAAGCCAAAUAUGCACUAGUUCCAGUUAGUUUUUUAAUGUUCUGCAUGAUAGGUACAAGUGGGUGUCUUCUGAUGUUUCUUCUUUAAGAAAGUAACAGCAUGAGACAUUUUAAUGUCAGUACUAACACUGUCAAAAUUUCCACAUAUCCUAUGAGCAGCAAUACCAUAAAAUUUCAGUAAAGGUAAGAUUUCAGCAUCAUGAUGCUGCAGUGGUUCGUACUGUUGCUUUACACCAAGUAGGUCUUGGAUUCAAAGCACCAUCUGCUCGGUGCAUGGUGGAUUUGGGGGCCUUUCUGUGUGGAGUUUGUGUAUUCUCUGUGUGUCUGUGUGGGUUCUCACCUGGUACUCCAACUUCCUCCCACAGUCCACAGACAUGCAAUUAGCGGGGUUAGAUUAACUGGUGAAUCGAAAUUUCCCAAAGGUGUGAAUGGCUGUCUGUCUCUGUGUAUCAGCCCUGCAACAGAUUGGUGGACUGUCCAGGAUGUACCCUGCCUCUUGCCCUAUAGCCCCCGCCCCUCCUACAAUCCUGCAUUGGACAAGUGGAAGUAAAUGAAUAGAUGGGACAGUAAGACUUAAAGAUAUCAGCUUUUCAAGAGCAUUUUGUUAAAAUGAAUUUAACUUAUUAGACUCACUCACCAAGAAUGUACAGAUCCGGUCUCUAUUUCAGCUGCCUGCAUCUUUAGGGAUGUCAUUGUUUCCUUUAGAAAUGAUCUGUGACACUGUUUCCUUGCUGUGUUUUGCUGUUGGUGGGGGCUUUUUUUCCUUCGUUUUUCUUUUGAUGCGUGCAGUAUAGUGCUGCACUUUCAUCAUUCCACAUGUUGUUAUUGUCCAGAAUAAAAUAUGGCCAGGUUGUUGAAAAUAGCUUAAAAACUACUGGUACUAAAGAAGCUUUUGUUAUGACAGUUGCUUAGAUAAAAACAAGCAUUUUUCCUACAUCAAUUUAGAAACGUAAUAUUUUCUUUCUAAUUUUUAUUUGACAUUUUUGCAUUUUUGCAAUAAGUUUAGUGUAAAAUGGUCAGCAGAUAAACUGGUAAGUAGUUGCUGCUUAUCCUCCUGUCUUUGGAUCUUUGGCAGUGCUUUAAUAUGAGUGUGUGGUUGUGCUAGAGUAAUAAAUGUAUUCAAAAGGAACUAAUGAGUAGAAGUUUUUUAACACCCACAGUUUUAAGUCACUUUUUUUGUUGCACUGCUGUAAGGACUCCAGCUCCUUCAUCUCUGCCAGGAUUAGGCAGAGUGCCUAGAGACUGAAAACAGAGUUUGUAAUUAAGUCAUGGAGGAAGAGAUCACCAUCCUGGCAGUCACAGUGGGCACACUGAUAGACAAAGAAAGAAAGUGUCAGUUACAGUGACUGUAAUUGACUCCGAGACCACUUUCUUAACAGACAAUACCAUUACAGCAUGUAUUACUUCACUCUGAGCUCUGGCUCACAGUUGGAGGGAUGCACAGGCAGUCUAGUUAACAGAAGCUAUGGUUUCACCAGCAUGUAUGAGUGACACAGAUAGAUGGGGAAAGAGAGCGCGGUGAACACCACGGAGAACGAACCUCUCAGUAAUUGUUGAACCUUGCGCGCUUAAUUCAGGAAACGAUCGUACCCAACAUCCCCACGAGUAGGAUCGCUUCCUGAGGUCAACAAUCAGAGGAGGAGGAGGUGUUUAUGACAGUACAGAAGACUCGGCCCUGCUCCUGUUGACCCCACUAACUUUCCUAUUACAGCAUGUUAUCUCACCUGUAGUAUUUAUGAUAAGGAAUAGUGGCAUGAGAUUGAAAAUAAGUCACUAUUGCAGUAAACAAAUCCUCCAGAAAUCAUUUCUUUCUUGUCGAUCAGUGCUUCACAUUAGCUGAAGUUAAAUCUUCAGAACUGUAAUAAUCCCAUUAUGUUAUGAUAAAGGCCACACUUCUGUGGGUACAACGUGUUUACAGUGUGUUUCUAAGCCAUGUUCUUAUCGAUACGCUAAGACGCUGUCGAUUCAGGAUGAAUGCUGUUUCAAAUAGGGAUCCACAGACUCUGAAUCUGUGGGUUUUUGUUGUGGUUAUUUAUUUACAUGACAGGAAGCAAUUUGAUCCAUAUGAGAAAUAAGGGACAUAUUUCAAAGUCUUUUCACCAGCUCCUUGUUUUACCUGCGCCUGAAGCCCAGGUACAGUCUGAAAGAGUGUAGAUGUAGUUCAUCCACAGAAUGAGGAAGCUGAUAAUAGUAAUGUAUUGCCACAAGUAGUUUCUUUAUGAAAAUAAGAUGUAUGUCAAUGCCUGUAUAUCUGUGCACUACUGAUUCUGUGGGAAACACUGAUCGUGCAAUUUUUGAACAUGAACAACACUGAUGUGUCGCAGCAUAUCUUAUUUGUUAACGUUGUGAUAUCGGUCAACAGUUACAUAUAUGGGUGGUAAACAGGGACAUCCAUUUCAAAUUAUGUUAGAUUUUUAUUUAAAUAAAUAGAAUUUUCUUGCUGUCAAUUUCCUGAAUUUCAGCUAAAUAAGCUGUUAGAGCUCAGGUAAUCAUUUGCUAUAGAUAUUUGUGCUCUAUUAAAUUUCUGGCUGGUGAAAAAAACUGAAUGAAGUGUCUGCCAAGCUUGAUCUCCUCUUUGUCUCAGUUAGUUAAGGACAAUAUUAAAUCUUAUUAUUUUACAGACAGACAACAUUUAAAUCUUUAACAGCAAAAGCUUGUCAAAGCCUUCCAGCUCCAGCCCAGAGCACAUCUCUGCUCUAGUCAUAACAGACUCUGUAAAUUAAUACUGAUUUCUGCUGCUGGUGUGUGAUAUAUGAUAAUGAAGAUCUCAGGCUGCAGCCUCACAUGUCUGAUCACCCACUGGAUCCAUGGAGACCACGGCUCCUGUUGGUCUUUUUUACAAGCUUUACUUGUGGAUCGUGUCAGAGCAUCUGCAGCCAUUAUUCAGUCGAUUUGUGUCUGUUUAGAAAAGUCAGUGACAUGAGAAAUAGUACGCGCAUUUGUUAACAGGAAAUGCCUUUUAAAUGCUGUUAGACCUGGUGCCAGUGCUAAUUGGACUGCGCACUUCUUGAACUCUUCAGGCCGUAUAAUUACACCGAAAAUGUAUUUUACAGCCUUUACCGUAAUAUUUACCGUAAUAUGUACCAUCAGUUUCAAUUAAGAUGAAGUGAUUCCAAGAUGAAGCCAAGCACUCGACAACUGAAGCUUCAAAAUACUCUGAAUUAUACCAUUAUACCAUCAAGAAACUACCAAAUGUAACAUUUUGUGGGAUUGGAAAACUGGACAGCAUUCAAAGCUCUAUACCUGUGUGUUCAUUAUUAUGACAAUUAUUUUGCUCACCUAAGAGUCAGUAAAUGAUUUGAAUUUUUUGAGGUGUGGGGCCUCAGUAUCUGAGUGGGACACUACAUAAAUGUAAGUCAGUACUCAUGACGUCACCUUCAUCGUAUCUGUGUGCGUGCAUUCUAGCCUCCUCUCAGUUCUCCAUCUGUCUGUGGAGUCUGAGGCCUCCUGCUGGGGACAGCCAGGAUUACAACCUAGUCUCCAAUCUGGAGAGAGUGGAGUUUAUUGAUUGUAGUUAAUUGUUUUCGGAAGUCUGUUCUGCAAAUCCUCUCAGCCUCUAGCCAAGAUGCUGUCUCCUGUCACAUGUCUGUUUUUGCUGUCAAACACUUGAUCCUCGCUGACGGCUCUUGGUGUGGUCAGUUUUUGGCUUUUAGAGAUAAAUAGUAAAACAUUUUGCUUGAGUGAAGCAUGAAGGAGCAAAAAAGACAUGGCCCACAUCUUCACUUUUUACAGGAAAGAAAGGAUUGUGUGAAUUCAGUGCUUUGAACAUUUUCAUGUGUUUGUCUGUGUGUGACUGUGUGUGUGUGUGUGUGUGUGUGCGUGUGUGUGUGUGUGCGUGUGUGCAUGUGUAAAAGAAUAAUUAAUAUCUAUUACAGUAAUUGCAUGGAGCACAAAAGGUUUUAUACUCAGCAAAUAAGGUUGUUUUUUUUCUCCUGGAUAGUCGGGUUGUUCUGACCCAGAAGAGAAAAUAACUACUCAAUUAAACCAGUGUGCAGAACUGAUGGUGUAACGUUGGCUGAUUUAUUAUUUUCCUAAUGUUUUUCUGUUAAAAAAAUUAAAUUAAAACAUUACAUAGUGGUGUCAAAUUAGAGUGGGGGUAGAAAGCUAAGUAGAGCUUGACACAGUGUAGGCAGGCUGAGUCAGAUGAUUUCUAAUAAAAAGAUUUGGGGGUGCAGUGUCAAGUUUGUCCCACCUUUAGUACUAAUGGAGUAAUCACAGCAGGGACUAGAACCUGACUGACAGAUUAUACUUCUCUCAUAUGAGCCUAAUCCACACUGCAGCAUUGUGGAUUAGGCUCUAAGAUGUGAAAUAUCUUAUUCUCACAUCCUUGUUUCUUCUCCUUGUCUGCCCUCUCCACCCCAUCCCUGUAUUUUCAUGUUUCAGCAGCAGCCUCCACCCCUCCCUACCCCGCCCUCUAGCACUAUAUUAGUGCUGGCUUCAUUUAGCGCUGUGAUGCUAACAGCCUAUUCUUCUUGCUCAUCCUCUUCUGACUGAGCGCUUAGCCUGCAGCGCUAGCAGUACUUUACACACGGAACACACACACUCGUAACGCACUGGGCCGCUACAACAGGCUUUCUCUCUGCCACCCUCGCCCUCUCUCCAUCUCUUUGUGCUCUCCACAUGGGUGCUGCUUUUUAAUGUGCCUUAUCUCUAUUUGCUUCUCUUUUUUUUAUCAGCUUGGUUUGGGGCCAGUUGUGCUAUAUAUUAACUGACAUUAUAAAGACAUCAGGCUCAUAGCUACAACCAGAUAGGUGUAUGUGUGUGUGCAUUUCUCUUGCUCCAAUGGCAGAUCCUGUUCUUUCCUAAAUACCAACUGUAGGCUGCCAGAAGCUAUAUUUAAACUGAUCUGGGGGAAAAAAUAAGCCUUUUCUCAGUCACUGUGCACAGGCUCAACUGAUAUCAGUAGGGUUUUUAUAGUCGUAUCUAUGCAUCUACUUAAAUGUAAAAAAAGAAGGUGAAUUUAUUGAUUUAUUUUUAAGUGUUGCCAAGUGUUGACUUUAACCCAAAUCAGUUAAUAGUAUGAAUUCCUGCUGGUUAUCUAACCAAGUCCAUCUAAGUUUGUUAAAGAGACACAUACAUUUUUCUAAACAUGUAAACUGCAAGUUCUUCAAUAACCUUGAAUAUCGGAAUGUUUUCUGGGGUAUAAGGUUGCAUAGGUAUAUAAUUAGUUCCAUCUCAACAGGAAGAAAACAUAAGAAGUGUCAAAUUUAUACUUUACUAAGAUUAUACUGGUCCUUGGUGCUCUUUCACAGUUCAUCCACUGUUAGAAACAAGCUGAUUUUUUUCCAACUUUCCUCAUAAUGAGAAAGUUUGAACAGCAGAUGGAUAGUGCUUCUGUGUUUCCAGCCAGAGCUGUGUCCCUGAAAUGACCCCCUAGCUGACAUCAUAUGGAGCCAAGAAUAGAAAAAAGAAAAAAACCUGUCUGAAACGUCGCAAAACAAUGAACACAAAGGAAAAGCUCAGUAGGCCCACAAUGCCAAAUAUCUUUUUUUGCAUAAAGGUGCAAUGCCACAUCCCAUAUUACUCGUUAUUACUUAUACUGCAACACCUCUUCAGCGCUGCAAGUGUAGUGCAGUGACAAAGUAUUUGCCCCCUUCCUGAUUUCUUUUCUUUAUUUGUCACACUUUUAUGUCUCAGAUCAUCAAACAAAUCUUAAUAUUAGACAAAGGAACUUCAGUAAAUACAAAAUGUUUGAUUUUUUGUUGUUGUUGUUGUUGUUGUUCAUUGAUAAUUUAUUAAGGGAAGAAAAACCUAUGUGGUCCUGUGUAAAAAGCAAUUACUCUUCUUUGCUGAAUUAUUUUAAUCCAGUCACAUUGGAGGGUUUUGGAGCAUGAACGAUGUGGUCAUGCCAAAGAAUCUUAGUUGGCUUUAAGUCAGGACUUUGAUUUGGCCACUCCAAAACCUUCAUUGUGUUUUGUUUUUUUAGCUUUUCAGGGGUGGACUUGGUGUUUCCAGUCACUGUCCUGCUGAAUAACUGAGUUUGAACUUCAGCGCGUGAACUGAUAGCUGGACACUUUCCUUGAGGAUUUUCUGCAGUGGGACAAAUACUUUUUCGUGGCACUGUAUGCAAGAAAUAAAUAAAAAAACACAAUUUAGAUGGUUAUGUAUUAAGUUUCCAUACCUGACCACAACUGUAAAAGACCAAAGGCGUACCUUCUGCCAUAGAUAAAUUAAAGCCUGAAACAUAUAAUAAGCAACCACAUCAUGAUUCACAAAGAGACAGUGAAGUAGGCCAAGGCAUACACACAAAACGCGCUUGCAAACACUGCAUUCCAGCUGACCCGGCCUGUCUUGAGAUGCUUUAAAAGAGCAAGACAAAGGUUGAUGGAAGCGACCGCAAUCCACCAAUCACAGCACUCCCUUCUUUGUACACACACACACUGUGACUCUGAGCGCUGUAUUGCUGUCCUCGGUUGCCUAUCGAUUAGUUAUGCCUGGCUGCUGUCAUGUGCAGGAGUCCGGGGAAGCCCCCUAAUUGGCCAGUCCGGGAAAGGGAGAGAAAGAGCAAGAGAGUGAGUUGGGGAAAGAGAGAGAAUGAGAGAGAGAGAGAGGUGGAUGCUGAGGGAAAGAGGCACCAUAGAAAGAUGAGAGCAGCUGAGGGAUGUGGCUAAUUCAAUCUAUCAUACCAUGAAAACAAGACAAGAUGAGAGAAGGAAGAUGAUGAGAACUCUUUCAGACCUUUUUUUAAAUUUCUGCUGGAUUUAAAGAAUGAAUAUAAAUCUUAAGAGAAAAGGGAAAUGCAAUAUAGGACUUUUUGGAAUAUAUAAAUGUGAUGAAUGCUGAGGGGCCAACACUUUUGAUACAAAACUGGAGUGUGCUGUCGGUGGAUAAUGUGAAUUACUCUGACUGAAGACUGGAGUAGACUAACCACAGGAGUGAGAAAUCUUCCAUUGGAGCACUGUCUACAAAGCAGGACUGGAAGGAGUGGUCAACUUGUCCAAGUGGCUUUCCUGUUUCUUUUUGGGACCCAGCUUUUAUUAUCCUACUGCUACCAUACCAAUGAGAGAUGGUGAGAGUGUUAAAAAUGGUAAUAAAGGAGGAUGCUUUGCUUUUGACGACUAAUUCACACUCAAAUCCAUAAGGGAAAGGAAACACGAGUAAAGUUGCCUAAAGAGGAGGGAUUACUUUAUUUUUUUUUAUUCCGGUGAGAUUUACUUAUUGACAUAUGAGAAAAAAGGGCUGAAAUACCUACUUUGUACUGGAUGCGGAGAGGGAUUGGUUGUUCUUGAGAGGCAUGACCUACAUUAUUCAGACAGAAGUGAUGGUGAGGAGCAUCUCAGUAAAGGAGAGAGUGUGGUAAGCGAUAAAUAAAAAAACAAAACGUAAAGACGACAGAGAGGAUUUCUUUGUGUUUUUAUGAAUCUUUGUCAGUAUGAACACUUAUUUCCACAGCCAUGAGUUUUGUUGUAGCCCUAAAAAGCCCAGCGGUGGCACCACAAAGGGCAAAUCUGGCAAAGGGAAGGCCAAGUCGAGCAAGAGCCACUCUCACUCGAAGCAUAACCAGAAUUUAUUGCAAAUACAGACGCCGAGUAACCAACUGCAAUCUUCGCCUCGACACUCACCAAAGCGCCACCCGCAUUCACCAAAGCCAAAGCAACGGCAUCCGCCAAAACAGCUCACUCCGUCUCCCUCUCCCAGCUACUACCACAUAGCGCCACCAUCUUCCAGUCAUCAGCUAUGCCCGCCAUCACCAACUUGCCAUCUGGCCCCACAGUCCCCAAACAGCCUAUUUCCUUCGCCAAGCCACCAUCAGCUUCACCUAUCACCAGGCCACUAUCACUCCCCCAACGACCACUUGCUUCACCUGUCAGCAAGUCAUCAUCAGCUGCAGCAUCAUUCUCACAACCAGUAUCACCCAUCAGCCUCGCCCAGUCACAUGCUCUCUUCACAUUCGACUCAUCAAAUCUACCACCAGCAGCAGCAGCUCCACUCCCCCAGUCACCACUCACUGUUCCAGCAGUACCAGCACCACCACCACAACUGCCCUUCUCCUCUUCCUCAUGCCUCCCAGUCGCUUUCUAUCCAUCCUUUUCACUCUCCACAGCUCCCCUUGUAUUCCGGGCUGGGGGGUAAUGGGUGGAGCACACUUCCUACCAACCUCGCCAACAGGGGCUGUAGAGGGAAGUUUCCCAAUCUUAGAGACAGCGUGAAAAAGAGUCCCAUAAAGAGCAAAGGCAAAACAGGAGGCAGGCUGUGGCCCAAUGACACGUAUAUCUGGACUGCACACUCAAUGGAGACACCCCCACAUGUGCCACUCAUACACCACUUCCCACGAAUACAAGCCCAUGUACAGGCCAACCCCCCUCCAGUGGUGGUCAACACCGACAGCGUCGACACCCCCCCAUAUGUCAAUGGAACAGAAGCAGACUAUGAGUAUGAGGAAAUCACGUUGGAGCGGGGUAACUCAGGCCUCGGCUUCAGUAUCGCUGGAGGGACCGAUAACCCCCACAUUGGAGAUGACCCCUCGAUCUUCAUCACCAAGAUUAUACCUGGAGGAGCUGCAGCCCAGAAUGGACGACUCAGGGUGAAUGACUGUAUAGUCCGGGUGAAUGAGACGGACGUCAGAGAAGUGACCCACAGCGGCGCCGUGGAGGCUCUAAAGGAGGCAGGUGGUCUGGUCAGACUGUGUAUACGACGCAGGAGGAGCCUCACCGAGAGAAUCCUGGAUAUCAAACUAGUCAAAGGCCCCAAAGGUUUAGGAUUUAGUAUAGCUGGUGGAGUUGGAAACCAACAUGUCCCUGGCGACAACAGCAUCUAUGUGACCAAAAUCAUUGAGGGAGGAGCAGCACACAAAGAUGGACGUCUACAAAUAGGCGACAAGCUUGUUGCUGUAAAUGGUUCCUGUUUGGAGGAGGUAACUCACGAGGAGGCAGUGGCCGCCCUAAAGUCGACUCCUGAUGUCGUGUACCUGCGUGUGGCCAAACACACCUCCGUUUUUAUCAAUGACAACUUCCCUCCGCCCGAUGUCACUAACUCAUAUUCCCCACACCAGGAUAACCACAUCAGCCCCUACAUGAGUGGCAGCCAAUCUGUAAGCCCUGCCCCACUGACCACCCCCAGAUACUCACCGCUGCCCAGGUCCAUUGCAGGAGACGAUGAUAUCACCCGGGAACCCAGACGGGUGGUGCUGCAGAGGGGAUCUACAGGUCUCGGAUUUAACAUUGUUGGAGGGGAAGAUGGAGAAGGGAUCUUCAUUUCCUUCAUUCUUGCUGGAGGUCCAGCUGAUCUCUGUGGGGAACUUCGAAAGGGAGACCGCAUCCUGUCGGUGAACGGAGUGGACCUGUCCAGUGCAACACACGAGCAGGCAGCCGCAGCUCUGAAAAAUGCAGGACAGACCGUCACCAUAGUAGCCCAGUUCAGACCAGACGAGUACAGUCGUUUCGAGGCAAAGAUCCAUGACCUGAGGGAACAGAUGAUGACCAGCAGUGUCAGCUCCAGCUCCACGUCUCUCCGCUCCACACAGAAGCGCACACUUUACGUCAGGGCCUUGUUUGACUAUGAUGGAAGUGCUUCGGAUCUGAGCGCGCCCAAUCAGGCCCUGCCCUUUCAUUUUGGGGAUAUCCUCCACGUGAGCAGUGCCAGCGAAGAGGAGUGGUGGCCCGCCCGUCACCUCAGCCCCCCGCCCCCAAACUGCCCGGAAGUCGGGGUCAUCCCCAGCCGCCGGAGGGCAGAAAAGAAGGAGAGGUCGAGGUUAAAGACAGUCAGAGUGAGCAGGUCUCAGGACAGAUCAGAUCAGGAUGAUAAAGAGCUGGUAACCUCUGGCACCAGUGAUAAUGAGAGUAGUUCCUCCGGUCAGGAGGAGAUCCUUCUCACCUACCAGCCUGUCAUGCAGCAUGAAGUUAAUUACACACGGCCAGUCAUCGUGCUUGGACCAAUGAAAGAUCGGGUUAACGAUGACCUCAUCUCCGAGUUCCCUGACAAGUUUGGCUCCUGCGUCCCACACACAACACGGCCACGGAGAGACUACGAGGUGGAUGGCAGAGAUUACCACUUCAUGUCCUCCAGAGAGCUCAUGGAGCGAGAGAUUCAGGAGCACAAGUUCAUCGAGGCUGGACAGUAUAACAACCAUCUGUAUGGAACCAGCAUACAGUCUGUCAAAGAGGUCGCUGACAAGGGCAAGCACUGCAUACUGGAUGUAUCAGGGAACGCGAUAAAGCGUCUCCAGAUGGCAGGCCUCCAUCCCAUCGCUAUCCUCAUUAGACCACUCAGUGUCGACAACAUUUUAGAGAUGAAUAAGCGUCUCAGUGAGGAGCAGGCAAGGAAGGCCUACGACAGAGCUGUGAAACUGGAGCAGGAGUUCACAGAGUACUUCACUGCAAUCGUCCAGGGCUCAACUCUAGAGGAAGUGUAUUCGCAGGUGAAGCAAAUCAUCGAGGAGCAGUCUGGUCCUUACAUCUGGGUUCCCACCAAGGAGCGACUCUGAAUAAAUACCCAUAUACAACAUACUCACUCACACACACACACACACACACACACAAACAUCAGCCUCUCUGCACACUUCCUUCUUGUCUAAUUUUCUAUUAUCAGCCUGCUUCCUUGCUCUCUUUUUCUUAUGCACGCACAUCACUACAUGCAUUGACACAUUUACAUAAGCACAUUCAGUGGGACGAGGCUGGGACUAUCUGGGACUGCUGCUUCCUGAAGUGGGAGGAGCUCAUGUCUGUCCAGCAGCCUAUUGGUGGAUCUUCCUACGGCUCAGUUCCUUAAUGUUUAAGGAGGUGGUUUAAAUCAAGGCGACAUGUACCAUUAUCUGAUUUGAUUUCAUUAUUGUUCUUCUUAUUGUUGUUGUCGUUGUUGUUUUCAUAUUAACGAAGGGUAAUGCAUUCAUGUAUGGGUUUGUAAUGAUUAUAUUGUCACCAAGAGGCAGAUUUUUGCACGCUGUAGCUUUAAGAGCAUGUUUUUGGGACAAAAUCUUGAUCUCCUUCCCUCUCUGUCUGUCUCUCCUCAUAGCAUCACUCUUGUUUACAGUUUCUUAUUCAUGUUUUUUCUCAAUCCUCAAUCCUUUCAUUCCCUUUCUUCCUUUGACUAUCCACAGACUUUAGAUAUGAGGUGAAAAUCAUUAUAAAAUUUUCAAUACGCCGCAGAAUUUUGGCAUCAAAACAAAUACUGUUUAGAGAUGUAGCAAGAAUAUAUUAAUCAUUUAAUCUGUAAGCAAUGCGUGACAUAAUAAUAAUUAUAUUAAGAAGCAGCAGUUCUCGAUCCGAUAACAAACGAAGAUUAAAUUCAAAUGAAUAAAGUGCAACGCCCUCUAUCAGUAGUUUGCUAUUAAAAGAUCAAAAACAAACUGCCUCAUAUUGAUGAUGGAGUACGUUUGGAGCUCUGGGCCUGCAUUUAUCACAUUUCUGAGAAAUAUUUUUAAUAUAACUCACAGUUCUCCAUAGUGAGCAGAGACAAGGUCAUAUUUAUCAGGCAGCUCACUGCGAUUUACAGCCAAAGAGUAAACACGAUAGAGCAGCUCAUAAGGCCAUCGAACGAUCAGUCACCAAUCAGAGUCAAGUCAUCUGCACUGUUGCUCGUUACUUUUUACAAAUUCUUAUCUUCAGUAGAAAUGUAUCGUCUAAUUUACAAAAUACAUAAAUACUUUGUCUGGAAUACAAAGUACAGAUGAAGGGAAAAUGGUGAAAAUCUUUAAAAUGUUAAAAUCAGAUACAAAUAACAGAUUAUUGUACAAGCUGUAGUUUGUGUAAACACUCCAAAACAACAACAUUUACCGUAAGUCAGAAUAAAACCAUAAACUGCUCCAGUUUGUUAGGAGAAAUAAAAUAAAACUGAAUUUAGACAUUUUUCUUAUUACUUAAGUUCUAAAAUUGUACUCGACAGCUCGACAAACAGUGGCCCAGAUUCGAGAUCGAGUCUGUUUCGUAGAAGCUUUCAUCUCAAAGAGGCUUCUCUGCCUUUUCCUUCCACCUCCGCUUCCUUCUCUCUGUCUCAUGCCUUCUUGUCUCCUCCUCUGCGCAGUGUGACGUUAGUUACGCACGCCAGCAUUAAACAGUGUAUCUUCUGCUUCAUCAUCACUAUCAUCACGAUCGUAAUCAUCAUUGUUACGGCUUUCCUUCUUACCGUAGUUGCACUAAUGAGGGCUGGUUUCUUAAAAGCAUCUUUACCCUCCCAGUGUUUCCGGUCUGCGCACAUGAUGCACGACACACUCGCUUUUCCCUCAGCGAUGAUUGAGCUGCUUUGAGACGAAGCUGGUCGACGCGGUUUUUUUGGUAAAGGUUAAAAAACACGUCAUACUGUCGUUGAUGAGUAUUUUAGGGGUAUCGAGUGUACUCUUCUGGAGAAACUUGCUGUUUGGAUUAACCAUUUAACUGUAAUCCACUUUUUCCCCCGCUGGAUUUAUAAGUUUAAGCAUUGACCCCCCUUUUAAGUUUAAGCCUUUAUGUGUGACCUCCGCACUCCAUCCAUAAUUAUCCAAGGGUUAUAUCUUGGAGCCUGUUUUCAUUAUUUCACAAAUGUCUACUUUAUGCAUUGAAGGAUGAAAUGUUUGGCUUUUCAUUCAUUUAGGAGGCCACACAGCACGAGAAGCAAACCUAACCCUGUUAAGCCUGAGCCAUUCCUUUCCUUCUGACAAAUGAAAAAAGAAAAAAAAAAGAAAUGAAUUAUCAAUACACGAGUUUCAAUCUGUAUAAUUUUUGCUUUAUCUGACAUUUUUUAGGUUGAUGAUAUUUAAAGAAGUUUAAAAAAACUCACAACUCAUGUGUUAUAUAUGAUACAGUUGGCGUUAUGGGGUUAAAGCUACUCAGUGGAGUCUGUGACCACGUUAACAGCACAUGUAACCUAACAAUGGCGACUCUGUUGGUCAUGUGAAGCUUGCUUAGUGCAUCUGUUACCUGUAGUAGUCUUUUCAGAGGCUUUGCUGCUUGUCGCCAAGGCUCAGCUUAACAACACGUGACUAAACUCUACUUGUACUGAAAACUAAAACGAAAACAACAACAAAAAAAAUCAUAGCAGUGUUGUUGAGUAUAUCUGUUUUUUAGCAUUGCAUCUGCUUUAUCGCAAGGGCCAUUUAAUGCAUUCUACUCAGUGGCCUGAAAGGUGCUGUGGAGCAAUAUUAUUUUCACUUUCUUGCAAUCCAGGUUGCACCUGUAAAGUUUGUCGCAUGACUGCAAAAAAUUAUUUACACUCUAUCCGCCUCAUAGAUAUUUUGUUAUUCGGAUUAGAGCGUACAUUCUUGAGAGCCCUUUGCUACGUAAUUGGCGUUGGUGUAAUAUUUCCAGUUUCUCCAGGGAGCAACAUCGCGAGUGCUGAGGUCAUGAACGACACUCACCGGAAACACGAUGUAACAUAAUCUCUUGUUUUCCAAACGUAACAUUCGAGAUCCCAAGAUGCUUUUGGCGACGCAGCCCCCACCUGUAUGGACCUUGUCAGCCACCCGCUCCCCAUCUCCAUCCUCCAACCCCGAGGCGACUUCUCCAAGCUGACUGGAGACUGGAGACGUAUAGAAAGACUGUUCUGUCAACAGAGUAGCUUUUUAUUUCAAAUAACAACCAGUUUUUGACCGCAUGUGUUUUAAAAGGCUUUAAAUGUUUCUCCACAGAAUGUUCAGAUAGGCCAAAUCUGUAAUCCUCACUGAUUCAGGUCGAUCAGUACUGUGUUUGUGUGUUGACAGAACUGGGCUGUCUGUAUGACUCUGGCUGUGUGUUUUUAGCCAGGGCACCAUGCCACUGUAUGUUAGAGUAAAGCACCGAUGCAAAGAAUCUAUUACAGAGAUGGAACUAUAUCUAACAUAUAAUAUUUAUCCCUGCUCUAACUGCCUAUUUUGGUACAAAAAAACAUAAAUAAAAGUCUUUAUUGAGAUUUGCUGAAA